AUGGCGUUGGUGUUAAUCGCCCAAGCAGAUGCCCGCAUGCACAAGAUUACUAAACCCGAUGGCCACAGACACAAGAAAUGCAAAUCACAUUCUACUAUAACUACAUCUUCUACUCUUCCUACUAUAACUACAUCUUCUACUCUUCCUACUAUAACUACAUCUUCUACUCUUCCUACUAUAACUACUACUCUUCCUACUAGAGCUGCAGCUACUCCCGUGACAA